GCAGCGUUAACCUCGGGCUGGGGGCGCCGCCGAGGGCGGGGGCUGCGCGCCGGGCUGGCGCCCGACCCCAGCCGCCGUCCUGCCGGCCGCGCGCCUCCCGACUUGGUGCCCGUGGGCCCUCGGGCUCCACCUAGUUCAGCUAUGUCCAGAAAUGACCAAGAGCCGUUUUUUGUGAAGUUUUUAAAGUCUUCGGACAAUUCAGAAUGUUUUUUUAAAGCUCUUGAGUCAAUAAAGGAGUUACAAUCAGAAGAGUAUCUUCAGGUUAUUACCGAUGAGGAAGCAUUGAGGAUUAAAGAGAAUGACAAAUCGCUUUAUAUCUGUGACCGUUUCAGUGGCACUGCUUUUGAUCACCUUAAACAGCUUGGCUGCAGAAUUGUUGGUCCUCAAGUAGUCACAUUUUGUAUGCGCCACCAGCAGUGUGUCCCAAGAGCUGAACAUCCAGUUUAUAAUAUGAUUAUGUCUGACAUAACUAUAUCUUGUACAAGCCUGGAUAAAGACAAGAGGGAAGAAGUUCAUAAAUACGUACAAAUGAUGGGUGGACGAGUAUACAGAGACCUUAAUGUCUCAGUCACUCACCUUAUUGCAGGAGAAGUUGGGAGCAAAAAAUACUUAGUUGCUGCUAAUCUGAAGAAACCUAUUUUGCUUCCUGCUUGGAUUAAAACACUUUGGGAGAAGUCACAAGAAAAAAAAAUAACCAAAUACACUGAUGUAAACAUGGAAGACUUUAAGUGUCCUAUUUUCCUUGGUUGCAUUAUCUGUGUGACUGGCUUAAAUGGUAUACACAGGAAGACAGUCCAGCAGCUCACAGCUAAGCAUGGAGGCCAGUACAUGGGGCAGCUGAAGAUGAACGAGUGCACACACCUCAUUGUGCAAGAACCAAAAGGACAAAAAUAUGAAUGUGCCAGGAGAUGGAAUGUGCACUGUGUGACCCUGCAAUGGUUCCAUGACAGUAUUGAGAAAGGCUUUUGUCAGGAUGAGUCUAUAUACAAGGCCGAACCCAGAGCAGCGGUAAAGACGGUGCCUGAUACUUCCACACCCACUGCUCAGAGCGGCAGUGCUGCAGCUGAGAAUCACAGGCUGGCAGAUGUCAGCCAUAUAUCCAACAUCAACGGCAGCUGUGUAAAUGAAACAAUGUUUGGUUCAACUACGAGCAAACUCGAAUGCACACUUGAGAACCUAGAAAAUCUGGACAUCAGUAUGUUUCAAGCACCUGAAGAUCUAUUAGAUGGCUGUCGGAUAUAUCUUUGUGGCUUUAGUGGCAGAAAGCUCGAUAAGUUGAGAAGGCUUAUUAACAGUGGAGGUGGAGUUCGGUUUAAUCAACUCAAUGAAGAUGUAACUCAUGUAAUCAUGGGAGAUUAUGAGGAUGACGUGAGGCAGUUUUGGAGCAAAUCCUCCCACAGGCCCCAUGUAGUGGGAGCAAAGUGGUUGCUGGAGUGUUUUAGUAAAGGAUAUAUACUUCCUGAAGAGUCAUAUAUCCACGCUAACUACCAGCCAGAUGGAAUUCCAGUUUCAGAUCAGCCCAGAAACCAGACAACUGUCUUAGAAAAGAGUGGCACAUUCUCUAAGAAGGACUUUGUUCCUAAUGAGAAGUUUCAGCAGACUGAUGAGGAUCUGCUUGCUCAGUAUGUACAUGAUGACUCCACAAUAGUUGAAGCUAAGCUAUCUGAAGCUAUAGAGCCUGAAGUUGGGCCUUGCGGUGGUUCUGCUCAUGUUGAGCCCUGUGAUGAUUCCACUCACAUUUCUGUGCAAGAGGAAAACAAGUCGUCUGUCAGUCAUUGCCUCCUUGAUGGCUCUACAGUUCCUGAGGAAGGCUUAUUUAGCCAAAAGAGUUUCCUUGUUUUGGGUUUUAGUGUUGAAAAUGAAUGUAAUAUUGUAAACAUCAUAAGAGAGCAUGCUGGAAAGAUUGUGUCCCUUCCCAGCAGAAUUGUUGCUGACUAUGCCGUGGUUCCCCUGCUGGGAUGUGAAGUAGAAGCGACAGUGGCAGAAGUUGUUACAAACACAUGGCUGGUUACAUGCAUAGACAACCAGACAUUAGUUGAUCCCAAGUCGAAUCCCCUCUUCACGCCAGUCUCAGUAAUGUCAGGAAUGACUCCUUUAGAGGACUGUGUGAUUUCCUUCAGUCAGUGUGUGGGAGCAGAAAGAGAUUCCUUGGUAUUCUUAGCAAAUCAUCUUGGAGCAAGUGUUCAAGAAUUCUUUGUCCGCAAAUCCAAUGCAAAGAAAGGCAUGCUCGCCAGUACACAUCUUAUAGUGAAAGAACCGACUGGUUCUAAAUAUGAAGCUGCAAAGAAAUGGAGUUUGCCAGCAGUUAAUAUUUCGUGGCUCUUAGAAACUGCUAGAAUGGGGAAGAGAGCAGAUGAAAACCAUUUUCUGGUUGACAGUGCACCUAAACAAGAACAAGUAUUAGAAACUAACAUACCAAAUGGAGUGAGUCCAAAUCCAGAUUCUCCAGCACAUCCUGAUGCACACUUGGAAAUUCACAGACAAAAGGCCGUUACACCUUUGGACAUGAACCGAUUUCAGAGUAAAGCUUUCCAUGCUGUCAUCUCACAGCACAACAGGCAGGGCUUGGCCUCCCCACCAGUGAGACAGCCACCUAAGAAGGAACCCUCCUUCCACCUGGACACACCCUCAAAGUUCCUGUCCAAGGACAAGCUUUUCAAGCCAUCCUUUGAUGUGACGGAUGCACUUGCAGCCUUAGAAACCCCAAAUGCUGCCAGCCAGAAGCGGAAACUGAGCUCACCACUCUCUGAAGUCAUCGUCAGAAACCUGACAACUGCUUUGGCAAAUAGUUCACGAAACACCGGCUGUCUUUCUGCUAGCCCUCAGCUAAAGGGUGCCCAUUUGGAGAAGGAAGAGACUCCGAAACCGCUUGACAAAGUUGUGGUGUGCGUGAGUAAAAGGCUCAGUAAGAAGCAGAGUGAGCUAAAUGGGGUUGCAGCCUCACUGGGAGCAGAGUACAGGUGGAGUUUUGAUGAGACAGUUACUCAUUACAUUUACCAGGGUCGGGCAAAUGAUAGUAAUCGCGAGUAUAAAUCUGCAAAGGAAAGAGGGGUGCACGUCGUGUCGGAGCAUUGGCUGUUAGAGUGUGCUCAAGAGUAUAAGCAUCUUCCAGAAUCUCUUUACCCACACACUUACAACCCCAAAAUGAGCUUGGACAUCAGCACAGUGCAGGACGGGCGGCUCUGUGACAGCCGCUUACCCUCGGCACUUUCUGCAUCUAAGGACGAUGAGCCAGAUCACCUGUCUGUAGAAGAAAAUGCAACAGAGACUUUGGGCACACACAGCAGAGAGUCCGCUCUGCUGAAUGGGAAUGGAAGGGACGACUGCAAAGGAGCUCUGACCCAGGCCUUGGAGAUGAGAGAGAACUUCCAGAAACAACUACAAGAGAUCAUGUCAGCAACCUCCAUCGUGAGGACACCAGCCCAGAAGACUUGCAUGUCAAGAAGUAGUUGUAACAGCGCCUCUUCAACUCCUGACAGCACUCGCUCUGCUCGGAGUGGACGAAGCCGAGUCUUGGAGGCGCUCAGGCAGUCUCGACAGAUAGUGCCUGAUAUCAACACAGAGCCCUCCCAGAAUGAACAGAUCAUUUGGGAUGACCCAACAGCAAGGGAGGAGAGAGCAAGGCUUGCCAGCAACCUACAGUGGCCUAGCUACCCAACACAGUAUUCCGAGCUUCAGGUUGAGAUAAAAAAACUGGAUGAUUCUCCUUCUCGAAAGCCUGUGUACCAUUCAGAAAUUGCUGGGCAGGCCUCGUGUGUGACUCAAGCCCCAGGGCAGCACCCAGGCUCUGAAGAACCAGAAGCUCCAGCAGCAGAAAGGAAUCUGAUCCCUGAGCCUCAAGCCCCCAGCGUGGCUUUCCCCCUGGCUAAGCCGCCUGUAGCUCCACAACCUGAGGACAAGAUUGAAACACUGGAGGAGACGCAUGGAAAACUUAAAAAACAGUAUGUGUUCCAGAUGUCAUCUCUGAAUUCUCAAGAGCGGAUUGAUUACUGUCGCCUGAUUAAAGACCUAGGUGGGUCGGUGAUCGAGAAGCAGUGCUCAGACCCCAGCUGCACACACAUGGUUGUGGGGUACCCACUGCGCAAUGAGAAAUACUUAGCUUCCAUGGCAGCUGGCAAAUGGGUGCUUCAUCGCUCCUACCUGGACGCUUGCCGGACAGCUGGGCGCUUUGUGCAGGAGGAAGACUACGAGUGGGGAAGCAGCUCCAUCCUAGAUGCUCUCCCUGACGUCACUGAGCACCAGCAGAAGCUCGCACUUGCAGCAAUGAGAUGGAGGAAAAGAAUCCAGCAGAGUCGGGAGUCGGGCAUCGCUGAGGGAGCAUUUAGUGGCUGGAAAGUUAUUUUGCGCGUUGAUCGGCCCCGAGAAGCAGGGUUUAAGCGCCUUCUUCAGGCAGGAGGAGCAAAGGUAUUGCCUGGUCAUCCAGAGCCUUUAUUUAAGGAUGCUACACAUCUCUUCUGUGAUUUCAAUAAACUGAAGCCUGAUGACUGCAGAGUUUUUAUCGCAGAGGCUACGGCCCAGAACAUGGUCUGCUUGAAAACAGAAUAUAUUGCUGAUUACCUCAUGAUGGAAUCCCCUCCUUGUGCUGAUAAUUACCGAGUAUCCGAAACUGCUUUAUUCCGUAACAAGGAAGGUGGGCCUGGACUACCACAGAAGAGGAAAACUCCUGCAGAGAACGUCAUCAAACGGCCUCGGGUGCACUGAUUCUCAAAAGAAUGUUUUGAGUUUAGCGCGCUUGUCCAAAAUGCGUAAGACUGUGUCAAUGUCCAGCAGCAUAAGAAAAUUUUCAGCUACAAGCUGAACAUUGCUGUCAUGCAUUUGUGUAGCAUUUUAAAGGCAUACAUGUGAUAAAAUGAUCUGUGAACUUGAUGCCUUUAACCUGAAUGAAUCACUGGACGCUGACUGUUCCUGAUAAAAAGGAACGUAAUUAGCUUGCCAAGCCACACUGAGUACAUUAGGACUUUUCUUGUAAAUAUAUGAGGCUGUAGUCGUUUUAACAAGAUUUGUUUAAAAAGUGUCUUGGUUUAUACAUUAGGGUUAUUUCCUGUUUUCCUGAUCUUUAUAUAUGUAUUCUUGCCAUUUAACCUCUUUUUAACAGCCUAAGCAGAGUUUAAUAAUGAAGCUGGGGCUUUAAGCUUAAAAUAUGUAUAUAUGUAAAUGUGUGUAUGUAUAAACUAAACUAUCAUUUGCCAAAUGUGGGCACCAAAACUUUAAGAAAAAAUAAAAAAUAGCAACUCAAACUAUUAUUUUGUUCAUUUAGGUCUGUUGAUAUCAAACGUACCUUAAAAACUCAAUUGCUAAUUACAUUGUGAUAUUUUACAAGGAUUAAGAAAGGGAAAAAAAUUGGCUGGUCACUGAGUUUGAAACUGUUAAAUAAAGCAAAGACUAGAGGCAGCAUAUAGGUCCAAGGACUUAAGUUUGGCUGUCAACACCCUUAGAAGGUUGUUCACACUUGCCCAUAAAACUACAAUUCCAGAAGCAUCUGAUGCCUCUGGCUCACUCCAUGGAUGCCAGCACUCAUGUGCAGACAAGUAUCUUUUUAAAAGGUGACAAAUUUGUUGUGCUUCAAAAUAACAUGUUGCACUGGCCCAGGCUACCCAAAUACACCUUAAGGGAGAUGGAUGGCUUGGCUCCCUGGAUAAAGUGGGCUGCACCAGCUCAAAGACCUGGGUUUAGGUCCCUAAAACUCACCUAAGUACAGGAAAUAGGAGAUGCCAGAGCCAGUAAGGAGCUAGUUCAUGCUUCCACAGGAGGGCUAGAAUCACAUUUGCUGGGAAAGACACACAUAGCUCCUUUAAAAUGGCUCUACAGUUCUGACAUUAUCGUGUGGCUCGGUGAUUUUGUCUUUAGGUAUACACCAGAGAGAGACAGAAGCAUGCCGACACUAACACUUCUAUGUACAUGGCAGCUCAUAGCAACACUGAGGCAGAAUGGAAACAAGCCAAAUGUCUACUUAGCGUGCAUGUUAUGUCCAUACAACUGGUUUACUAGCAAGUUGUACUAACACAACACGGAUGGACAGAUGGACGGACGACCCUCAAAAGCAUGUUUGUGCAAUGCCAAUCACAAGACACCUACUGUUCAUGUGAGUGCACAGAAGAGGAAAGCCCAUGGACUGGGGAAAUGGGGAAAUACGUGUGAGGCAGAACAACUCACUGGUAAGGCAUUUCUUUUUGGUGUUGGAAGUGUCUGGGAAUGAGCAACUACAAUGGGCAUGUGCCCUUAAGAAAACCAAGAAUUUUUGUCAACUGAGUUGUUUUAUAACCCUGGCUAGCUUUGCAACAAGCUAUGUAGAUUAGGCUGGCCACAAAAAUAGUAUCUUCCUGCCCCUACAAGACAAGUGUUGAGAUUUUACAGAUACAAGCUAUUAAGAUCAAGGUCUCAAGGCCAGCCUUAGCUACAAGGCAAACUUGAGAGUAGCCUGAACUCAAGAGACCAUUAUCUCUAAAGAGCCUAUGGAAGCUUAGACUGAGAUCAGAGCCCACCUUAAACUACAUAGCAAGACACUUAAAGUUGUAUGUAGCCUAAGAGUAGAGGACUUUGCCUUGCAUGCUGUGGCCCUAAAGGAGGGUGUUUUGUAUUUUCUAAUUUAAAUAAGCAAUUAAGGAAAAACUUCAGAACUGGAGAUACACCAGUGGUUAAGAGCACUUGAUGUUCUUGCUGAGAAGCUUGAGUUUCCAGCACCCAUGUAAAGUUAGUGCCUCAUAUGCUCUAAGGGUCCAACACACUUUCUUGGUCUCUAUAAGCACCUGUACACAAGUGGCAUAUGUUCACAUAAACUUAAGUAAUUUUUAAAGCCAAAACCAAGUGCAAAAGUAGACAGUAAAUAUAGAUUCCAUUACCAAAAGUGGCUUAAAAUACACCUCUACUGACGUAGGACUAUAAACUGAAACUGGAAAAGAUGUGUAAAGGCUAGAGAAACCGCAUUGGCUACUCUGGUCCUAAGUUUAUUCCCAGCGCCCACACACAAAAUGGCUAACCUUUUUAACUCCAGUUCUUUAAAAGGUCUCCAGAACUGAUACAUAUACAGGCAAAACACCCAUACACAUUUGAGAAGAGGGGAAAACCCUAGAAACAUCUUUUGAAUAAGGAGCCCAGAAUGGCCCAGACAGGAGGAAUAAAAAUGGUGUAGAUCAGAGAAAGCUUUUUGUAAUGAAUAGCUUCCAGAGUGACAAGUUGAGUUCAAGCCCUGGGACCCAAUUAUAGGAAGAUAAUCACCUGAAAAGACUGCUCCCCCAACCUACACUCAUUUUAAAAAUGGAACCAUGACCGAGGAAUAUACCCAAAAUUGAUUUUGACCUCUGGCUCCCCUCCAAUAAAAAAGGGACUUGAAAUCAGUUUACUUGAAAAGGGCUUUAGAAUCCCCUUCUCUAACAAAGCUACAAAAUCUACUGAAGCUCCCUAACACAGUUCAACACUUUAAGGAGUGUCUCUGAUGUGCAGCCAUUUCCACCCAUGCCUGUUAACAUCUACAAAAUUUGGCAAACAUUUCUAAGUGCACCCUUCGAGAGCAGGGUCAUCCCCCAGAAGUUGACCAGACACUGCUAAUUUAGACUAAGGGGUUUCAACAGAAAAGCACCACAUUCCACCAUCCGUAGGUUGACUGUUUAUUCAAUGUUAAUGUUACAGAGUUCGUACACUGUCGGAACCAUGCCUGAGAACCCAAAGAAAGAAAUGGUGCAAUGGACAGCCUCAUCCACCCAGACAGUGUAUUAAAACUUGAUUCAUAUGCAUUUUGAUUUCACAAUCUUAAAAAACUAUAACAAGACUUGGAAUUUACAUCUGCUGCAGGUCUUCAGCGUUCCAGUACAGUAUGCCAUUAAACAAACCUCGUCAUACGUCUGUUCACUUCUUAAACCAGAACCCCGAACAGAAUUUGUCUAUGUGUGUGAAGCUGGGGUAAAGCAUACAUUAAGGGAAGAUUGUGACUCAAGGUGUGAGAUUACUUGUUAAGGUUUUCUGGUGCCCAAAUUAAGCCUUCAGUAUAACUAAGAAUCUCAAGCUUCUAAUCACCCACCCUCCUCCUGGCUGGCUCAGAUCAUGCCAACACUGUUGCCCAGAAGUGGCAUACAGUCUGGUCAGGAGACACUGGUCUGCACCUCCUGCUUCCCACACUGCUGCACUAAUCCACUAAUCUGCAAGACAUGCUCUCAAGCUGGGAAAACUUCACUCAUUCCGGUUCUACUACUGUCAGUAGUGAGCGAGUCUGAACUGUGUUUGGCAAAGGGAUUCAUUUACAGAGAGAAACCUAGGCACCGCCAUUAUAUCACACAGUCAUAGCCAAUGUAGAGUACGUGUACUGAACCAUUUGCAGUAGCAUGAAAACUGGCAGUCUAUUUCAUUAGGUGGAAAGAAAUCUAACUGUGACCUCUUCUAAGAGCCAAGUACCACUAGAUCGUUACAUUGUAAUUACUAACAACAGAAGUGCUACAUUACUGGCUAUUCCCCUGACUCUCCAAGUGAAUACAAACAUACUCCCAAGGUGAAUGAUAAGAGCUGGCUAAACAAUGAAUGGAUCUCCAGAAUAGCCCAUAACCUUAAAAUAUGGGGCACACACUGUAUUUAUCAGACACCAUGCAAGAUUCACAACUUGGUGGUUUUUGCUCCUGUUACUUUGAACUGUAAAAGCCAGGUCAGUGAAACACCCCUUCUGAGCAGACACCACACUCUGUCCACAGCAGUUCAAUUUAGACCUGAUUAGGAGGCUUGAGCAGCACCUGGAGUGGAGCGGAUCCACUGUCCUUUAUAUGUAUCUACAGCUACCUGGUUCCACCUAAGGAUGGCAAAUUCAUAGGGCAUCUCACAAUUCCAAUGCUUCUUUCAGACUAUUUCACCACACAAUAUGCCCUCAAAGAACUUACUCCAAGUCAAAGCAAGGCCUUAAUGUGGAACUGGACAAGCACUAUCUGAAUGAAAAUGUAUUCAAAGAAACAAGGCUACCCCCACCCGCUCCCCAUUUGGUGGACCCAAGUUUGGUUGAAUUAAAUCCAUAGUUACCUCAUACAACUAAAAACUUAAAAUUAUAAAUCAUAAGCCCCACACAGAUGAUCCAAACACAUCAUUUCUGACAGCGGCUUGUUCCAGGAAGUCUAACAGCCACAGCCUAUAGAAUAUUCCUUAGGAUGGGGCACAGAACAGGUUAUUAAGGUCACUUAACUCUUCUGUUUUUACAGCGGAUCAGAACCCAGAUGGCUGACUUCUGAAGGCUUUCUGCUAGGAAUCCAGUAGAGUUGGUUUCAAGGUUCACACAGACACUAAUAGCUGUAACCUUAUGUAGAAGUUGUGAUCCACAUGAAAUCCACAAUUUAAGUGCAGCAAAUCUGAGGUAGUCAACCUUGCGAAGGCUCAGUAUCUGAACAUAAAGAUGUUUGAAAUGACCACUGGCUGCAGGUUUGGUUUUAUACGCAGAGCAACUAUGGAAACACUGUUGAAUCUAAUUCACAAAUAUUUAAGACAAUGAAAACAUCCCUAAAUCCAAGACACAUCAAGAUCAGUCGUGACUCUUGAACUUCCAUAGUGCAACAGGGACAGCCACUGGACCGAGGUCUUCAGUCAGCCACUGUAGAUGCAGAAAUCAAGACGCUGAAUGGCUGUUCUUGGUGGUUGGCUGUGGUCUAGUUAUCUUGGAAGGCUUAGCAAAGACCAUUCCUUAACUGUACUGUGUGGGGCUGUACUUCUCAUUCUCAAGCACAGCAUACUGGUUGUCUAGCUCAAGUUUAAGGGCCUGAUUUUUUGAAACCUCCUCCCUAACUCUAUUUUUGUGUCUUACUACUUCAAAGCUCUUCUCCAUUUCUUUAUCCCUAAGGGAAAAGAAAUGUAAUCAGUAAAUAUUUCUUCGUCACUAGGGAAUUUUGAAAGUAUUCUUCCUCGAAUUUAAAAAACAAAAAAAAAAAAAAAAGA